CCCCCUCUCCGCUGCCUGAGCGAGUGUAGCAUUAGCCGCUGCAACAGUUAGCCGCUAGUCUGCCUUUCACAUCACUGCACUGACACCGGGAAACGACGUGAUGGAAAUUGAUUCGCUUCAAGAGGCGCUCCGAGACUUUGAUAAAAAGUCAAAGAAGGAACCAUGUCCUAUCCUUGAACAAUUUCUAUGCCAUGUUGCCAAGACAGGAGAGACCAUGGUUCAAUGGUCUCAAUUCAAGAACUAUUUCCUAUUUAAAUUGGAGAAGGUGAUGGAUGAUUUCAGAGCAUCAGCACCAGAGCCGAGAGUCCCUGCAAAUGCAAAUGUGGAGUCCAUUCCAUUUGAUGACAUGAAGGAGAGAAUUCUGAAGAUUGUGAGAGGGUACAAUGGAAUUCCAUUUACGAUCCAACGUUUGUGUGAGCUGCUUACAGAACCCAAAAGGAACUACACAGGAACAGACAAGUUUCUCCGAGGAGUUGAAAAGAAUGUGAUGGUAGUAAGCUGUAUUCACCCAACAUCAGAGAAAAAUGGCUGUAGCGCUGUCAAUAGAAUGAAUGGAGUAAUGCUUCCUGGGAACACAUCUGCUUUUACAGAGAGGAAGGUGAAUGGCCCAGGAACUCCCCGACCACUAAACCGACCAAAGGUGUCUCUGGCCAAUUCACUUGCAGCUAAUGGUCUGCCAGAUAGCACAGACAAUAAAGACCUCAUAGAACAAGGAGAGACAGAAAACAGUUCUGUUUCAGGGUCAGAAGAGCCUCUCGAGGGCCCACUAAAGACUAAACAUCCGCACACAGAGGAGGACAUGGAGGCAGAGCAACAGGAGGUAAAGAGACUGAAAUUCUGCAAAGAUGAAGAUGAGGAGGAUGACGACGAGGAUGAAGAGGAUGAGCCAGAGGUGGACUCACAACGACCGUCGCACAGCCUGGGACUCUCUAAAGAGGCUGAGGCCAUGGUCCAAGAUGGUGAGGAAAAAGAAGACUACAGCAAAGACAAAGAAGCCUCAAGUGCCACCACAGAAGACCAAGAACCAUCCAGCAGCACCCAAUCUGAAGCAUGCGCAGCGGAUGCGAGCCCGGGACAGGACGCAGAGGCGGCUGAGCGGGAGGUACCGUGCGGCUCCCAGGACGAGGCCAGCGACAUGGACCAGACAGAGCAGCAGGCCCCUGCCGGCGUCCUGGAGAGCCCCGAAUCCAGCCACGACAGUGAGGAGGGCUCCAGUGACCCAGUUAGCAGCAGCAGUAGUAGCAGCAGCGCGAGCAGCUGUAGCAUAGAGGAAAGUACAGAGGCGGCCCGAGAAGACGUGACUCUCACUCCCUCCAGCAGCACGAGCGACGCCCCCACAGACACAGCCAUGGAGAGCACCACCUCCAACACUGGGACCACUGAGGAGCCCAUGGAGCAGGACUAAACUGAAGGCCUCUGCUGCCAUCACUGACCCUAAACCAGCCUGUCCUCCAGUCCAGACUCUGGCCAAAGGACUCUGCACUUGGAACACAAUGCCUCCUCCUCCCGCUCGUGGACACUCCUCACGGCUACCUAGCAUCGACCUGGGCAUACACAUUGAUUUUCAUUUGAAGUUUGUUUUUUAUUUCUUUUUUUAACUGGAAUCUUUUAUUGAUCUUACCAUGUGUUUUUAUUCAUUUUCCCCCGAGAGGUGUAUGGCCUUUUCUUUUUUGGUAAAUGGCGUGGUUUGGAUGGAACAAUGCAGUGGUGCUCUGAUUAUUUGGUUUUGGACCCUUUCAACUCAGUUCCACUAAUUUCUACAAGGGUCAGAACUCAGCCAUCAACCUCUCAUUGUUUAUCAACUCAUUUUGAGCCAACACAUUUCAGUUGUUCACCCAAGUACCACUAAAACAGUGUUGUAGUUGAACACACUGCGUAUACACUACCAUCCCCUCUUUAUCAAUAUUAUGACUGCUGCCUUGUAGAGGCGUACUCUGUAAAAAUCUCUAUUUUGGAUGCAGAAAAUCACAAUAAUUUAUACAGUCAUUUCAGUGUUUUUGUUCUGUUGGGUUAUUUUGUCUCGUUUCCAAAACCAGCUGUAAGUACAAAGAUGAUUUCCGCUUUCUUUGUAUCGUGAUGUCACCAUGUUGUUCACUGACAGAUGUUCAAGAGCUGUUUCUGGUUCCAGCUCUACACCUGUUUUUGCAGCUGUACCUUUUGAUAUUUAGAAUUUUAAAUUUCUGUAAAGUAGAUUUUUGUAGAUUGUAAUACAGUAUGUGUUCACUGCCUUUGUGAAACCAUAUAUAAUUGUAUAAUUUCUGUGUAUAUUCUGAAUGCUUUUGCUUUCAAUGCAGUAUUCAGGAAUAGCAAUAAAUGUUAACAUUUUUA